ACCGCCUGCCCCGUGGUCAUUCUUGCCAAGUCAGCUGCGGAGGGUCCGGAGCGCGGAGCGGAAGGGCCGGCAGGAGCUGCAGGGGGGCGCCGCGACUCCGAGCCGACGUUGCUGCCAGCCAUGGCUAGCCAGUCGCAGGGCAUCCAGCAGCUGCUGCAGGCCGAGAAGAGGGCCGCCGAGAAGGUCGCUGAGGCCCGCAAGAGGAAGAAUCGGAGGCUGAAACAAGCAAAAGAAGAAGCCCAGGCUGAAAUUGAACAGUAUCGCCUGCAGAGGGAGAAGGAUUUCAAAGCAAAGGAAGCUGCGGCUCUUGGCUCCCAUGGCAGCUCAACCACUGAGGUGGAAAAGGACACCCAGGAGAAGAUGAUUGUCCUCCAGAAUAACUUCCAAAAGAACAGGGAGGAGGUCCUGACUGCCCUGCUGGACUUUGUCUUUGACAUAAAACCAGAAAUCCAUGAGAACUACCGCAUUAAUGGAUAAGAGGAGCACCUUGGCUUUCAGGAAGUAUUCAGCAAUAUCAACUCUGUGUCUGUCAAUACUCUUAGCUGUACUGGUUCGUUUUUGUUUUUGUUUUUUGUAAAAGAUCUUAACUUAUUUCCGAAAAGGGUUGUAGAUAAUCUUUUCACUGAAAUCUUUCACAAACCCUUUUGUACCAUUUUUUUGGGAGUAUAUCCAAAGUUAUCCUAGUUCUGUCUGUCCCUAAAGUGCAUUAUGGUGGGAAUUCAAAGCGACAAGUGAAUGGUGGGUGGCUUCCGAUAAGUAUUAGGCUUGAUAUUUU